AUGGAUGGAACAAAAUCUCCAAAGGCAACUCUGUUUGCAGUUAGCACAAUACUUCUUAUCUUAACCGUGAACGGCCAAUCAGGCUGUGACACGCACAGAUUCGCCAAUAACAUCGCUUUCACUCAAUGCUCUCCCCUCCAGUUCCUCGGCUCGUUCCUCCACUGGACCUACAACGACCAAAACGGUACCGUUUCAGUAGCCUUUCGUCACCCAGGAACCUCUUCUUCUUCUUGGAUUGCUUGGGGACUUAACCCAGGUGGGCCUCAGAUGUCGGGGACACAAGCUCUCGUCGCCUACACAAAUUCCAGUGGCCAAUUCCAAGCUUAUACCUCUCCAGUAAAUGGUUAUGCCACACAGCUCGAACCCGGGAACCUUAGUUUCGGUGUGAGCCGCAUCUCGGCGACUUUGGUCAACGGUGAGGCUACGAUCUUUGCGACUCUUGAGUUGCCGGCGAAUUUGAUCACGACCAACCAGGUUUGGCAGGUGGGGCCUGUCGCGAAUGGUGUUCCUGGGAUUCAUCAACAGACGGGAGAUAAUAUGAGAUCGAUCGGUCGGAUCGAUUUCCGGUCGGGACAGUCAUCGGCUACCGGUGGUGGUUCUGGUGACAGGUUGAAGAAGAGAAAUACUCACGGAAUACUAAAUGCGGUAAGCUGGGGAGUGCUAAUGCCGCUGGGAGCAAUGAUGGCUCGAUACAUGAAAGUCUUCACCGACCCAACAUGGUUCUACCUCCACAUCGCAUUCCAAGUCUCCGGUUAUGUCAUCGGCGUAGCCGGUUGGGCCACCGGAAUCAAGCUUGGCAAUGACUCACCAGGCACAUCUUACUCAACACAUCGUAACCUUGGAAUCGCACUCUUCACAUUUGCUACACUUCAAGUAUUUGCUCUGCUUCUACGUCCAAAGCCAGACAACAAGUAUCGGUUCUACUGGAACGUGUACCAUCACACCGUUGGUUACACAACUAUCAUCCUCUCUAUUAUCAACAUCUUUAAAGGGUUCGAUAUUUUGGACCCGGCUGAUAAAUGGCGUUGGGCUUAUAUUGGAAUCCUCAUCUUUCUUGGUGCUUGCGUCUUGAUUCUUGAGCCACUUACUUGGUUCAUCGUUCUUCGCCGUAAGAGCCGUGCAGGGAACACGGUUGCUGCACCGACUACAAGCAAAUAUUCUAAUGGCGUCAAUGGUACCACCACUGGACCGCAUCACCAGGACGCCUAG